UAUUUGAGCAACAUCAAGAAACUGUUUCUAUUCAAGCUACAAAGUUUCAAGACAUGUAUAAUAAUCUAAAUAUAACCUUUCAAGAAAUUAUUUCUAAUUUAAGUAUGCAAAUCUUAAAAAUAAAAGAUAAAAAUUCGAUUCAUUACAAGAUAACUAGUCAUCUUUAUUCUAAAAACAUUGAUGAAGCUGCCUUCAAGUUUAAUCUAGAGAAACCAUCAG